ACCUGGGGCUGGUUUCACUUUCCUCUCCUGCCUUCUUCCUCUCCUUGCCGUUCCUUGGUCCCUCUUCCCACCAUGUCCGGCCACACCACCAAUUUAAGACUCAAGCUGCCUCUAAUCUGUGUUUUCCUUCAACUCCUGACAAUCCUUCUGUUUGCUGUUUUUGUCUGCUACGACAACCAAACGAAUGCCAAGUUAUGGCAUGAGGAACUGAAACUCCACAACAAAAGCCACCUGGACAAUGAAUUUUACUUGCGGUACCCAAGCUUCCAAGAUGUCCACACCAUGAUCUUUGUUGGCUUUGGAUUUCUGAUGACCUUCCUGAAACGGUACAGCUUUAGCAGCGUGGCCUUCAAUUUCCUGAUAGCCGCCUUUGCCAUCCAGUGGUCUAUCCUAACCCAGGGUUUUUUCCAUUCUUUUCACCAUGGCAAAAUCUAUAUUGGAAUAGAAAGCAUGAUCAAUGCUGAUUUCUGUACCGGAGCAAUCCUCAUCUCCUUUGGAGCCGUUCUUGGGAAGACGAGUCCCAUCCAGUUGCUGCUCAUGACGUGGCUGGAGGUCAUUCUCUUUGCCGUUAAUGAACACAUCCUACUUGACAUCCUCGGGGCAAAGGACGCAGGAGGCUCCAUGACCAUCCACACCUUUGGGGCCUAUUUUGGACUGAUGAUGUCCCGGGUUCUUUACCGGCCUCACCUGGACAAAAGCAAAGAAAGGGAAGGAUCCACUUACCACUCCGAUCUCUUUGCUAUGAUUGGAACAAUCUUCCUGUGGCUUUUCUGGCCAAGCUUCAACUCGGCCAUUGCAGCACAUGGAGAUGACCAGCAACGGACAGUCAUGAACACCUACUUCUCCCUUGCUGCGAGCACCCUCGCCACCUUUGCCACCUCCGCCCUGGUGAACGCAGGAGGCAAAAUGGACAUGGUUCACAUUCAGAACGCAGCUCUGGCCGGUGGGGUGGUCGUUGGCACGUCCGGAGAGAUGAUGUUGACUCCCUUUGGGGCCAUGAUCGCCGGAGUCCUAGCUGGCUUUGUGUCUACCCUCGGCUUUAAAUUCCUUACGCCCAUCCUGGCCUCCAAGCUGAAAAUCCAGGACACUUGCGGAGUCCACAACCUCCAUGGGAUGCCAGGAAUCCUCGGCGCACUUCUUGGCGUGCUGGUUGCAGCUCUGGCAACUCAUGAUACCUACGGCGAAGGGAUGACUGAUGUCUUUCCACUCGUUGCUGAUGGGAGACGGACUGCUGCGUACCAGAGUGUCUGCCAACUGAUUGGCUUAUGUGUUACUCUGGGAAUUGCUGUGAUAGGUGGAAGCCUUGUUGGGUUUAUCCUGAAGAUGACAUGUCUUGGAUCUCCGCCCGACACACAAUGCUUUGAAGAUCAAAUCUAUUGGGAGGUACCCGAGAAUCAUCACGACGGAUUUCAGUGCUUGGAGGCUGCAAAGGAACUGGACAGAGAGACAGUGGCCUGAUAAAAUUGAUCCAGAGUAGCCACAAGGCGGUGCAGGGUGAAGGAGCAUCACAGGAGCCACUGCAUUUUGAGGACCGUCAGGAGAAGUUCUCAAAAGUUCUCUUAAUCAGGCCCAGACGCCGAAAUGUAUUGCCUUGGUGCUUUCUUGCUAAAACAGGAGGUGCUCGGGCUCACGUCUUUGGAAGACUCAACCUCUGCUCUGAAAAUCCAGCCCGAUGGAUUCGCUGUGAUUACUCAGUAGAAGAAAGAAAAGCACUCUACACAUGCUCAGAGAGGCUGCCUUCUGGAUCGUUGCCUCACAUGUUCUAGAGCAUCACUCGAGCUGUGGUUCACUGAAACAGAUUCGGACUGCUUGGACAAGACAGGAGCUGCAGAACAAGUCCAGUCUCUGGCCUAAUGGGUAACAUCUGAAAACACCUCUGUGUUUUACUGCAGUCUCCCAUGGAUGGAACAGGCAAGUGUGGGUUGUGUAUGGUGUGUGUGCAUGUGUGUGUACAUGCAUGCACACGAGAGCGCCAACCUGCAAAGAUCUCUUCAUGAAUAUCAGAUGGCGGCUAUCUUGAUGGUGUGCCAACACCGUUUUUUACUGUUUGAUACCGACGGCCUUCGGUCUGGCCAAGAGAACAAACUCCAGCAGAAAUCCUGGCUCAAGAUUCCAACCUAUUCCAACUUCUGGAAACAAGAGGAAACAACAUCAGAACACAAGUCGUGUACUCUGGACCAGAGGAAGCAGCAUGGUGUAGUACCAGAGGAGGAUCUGGGAAAGCCGAGUUUGAAUUCUUGCUCUGUCAUGGAAGCUCAGCGGAUGGCCGUGGGACAGUCACAUUCUCUCACCCUAUUCUACCUCAUAGGGUUGUUGUUGCGAGAAUAAAAUGGAGAAUUGGAGAACAGUGUUGUAGGCUGCUUUGGAUCCAUAUUGGGGCGAAAAUCAGGGUGUAAACAAACAUAUUUGUAAUUGGUGGGCUGAAGUCUCUGGAUCUAACAAAUGCCUUCCUGGAAGCUACCCCUUUCCUGGACAGUGUCAGGAUCUGUGCCCUCCACGGGAAGGCCAUUGUACUGGCAGGGGUGCCACCACCAAACCCAGCAGAGGGGAACCAAAUCCCCUUAAAUAAAGCACAGAGAAGGGAAGCAGCUAAAGAAGGGUCUCUGGUUCUCGAAAGCUCUCACCCUGAAAAUCUUAUUGGACUCUAUAGUGCCGCUGGACUCACAGGCUGAUGUUCAGCUGCAAAUUCAUGGCCCGUUACUGAGUUUUCUCCAGAACCUGCUUCUUCUUCAAUUUAUCAAAUUUUAGAAUCAUAGAGUUGUAAGGAGCCUUACAGAUCAUCUAGUCUAACCCCCUGCCCAAUGCAGGAACAGCCUAAAGCACCCCUGACAAGUAUUCA